CGACGAUGAAUCAUAAGAUGGCUGCGUCAAUGAGGAUGGUGGCGCGCAGAUCGAGAUGUCCUCUGCGGGUAUAAAUGGCCGAGCGGCACAAUUUCUAUUGCUUAGUCGCUUGGGGUUCUCGCAGCGAUUGAGAAGUCAUCGCUUCGGAGCAUUCAAGCGCAUUGACGUGCGGAAUUUGGCUAUAGGUCGUGAGAUGGACGAAGGAAAGGCUCGGGAGAUAUAUAUUCCUGUUCCAUGGGGACAGAUUGCCGGGAAAGGAUGGGGGUCAGAAAAUGGGAGGCCAAUCCUGGCCCUCCAUGGCUGGCUGGAGAAUGCAGGGUCUUUUGACACACUGGUACCAUUGAUCCCCGAUUCCUAUCAUGUGGUUGCUGUGGACAUGCCAGGCAACGGGUUGUCCUCUCAUUAUCCGCCAGGAAUGACCUAUUCUUUUGCUGAGGGUCCACUACACAUUCGGAGGAUCCUGGAGUAUCUGGGGUGGUCAUCAUGUACCUUCAUGGGGCACAGUGGUGGUGGAGCAAUGUCCAUGCUCUUUGCAGCCAUGUUUCCAAAAAUGGUUGAAGGGAUCAUUGUUUUUGACCUUGUGAAACCUGUUUCAACCCCACUGGAUAGAAUUGUUUCUCGGGCUCAGCAGCACGUUGAAGAACACCUACGGUUUGAGAACGAUCUUGCCAACAGAGUUCCUCCAUUAUACACAGAGGAAGAGGCUGUGAAUAGACUCAUAGAAGCUGUGGACAACUCCCUCACUGCAGAAUCUGCUAAAAUCCUGCUGAAACGGGGAGCUCGAAAAAUGCAUUAUGGAGACAAGGAAGGCUAUGUGUAUACUCGAGAUUUGAGGCACCGGUUCCCUAGUGCCAUUGGGACUGUGGCUGACCAGCAUCGGAAGUUCUUGGAACGUAUUAAGUGCCCGUUCCUCCUUGUCAAGGGUUCCACAGGUCCCAAAUAUGAGGGAUCCUUGGUACAUGAGGAGACUUUGGCUUUUUAUCGGCAGAAUAAUCCACAUUUCCGAUAUGUGGAGGUUGAAGGAAGUCACCAUGUGCAUCUUAAUAACCCUGAAAAAGUAGCUCCUCAUGUCAUUCCGUUCCUGGAGUACAUUCAAGAGCACAAGGUUAUGGAAGCUAAUUUAUAAUCCUUGAACAAUCCCAUAGUAUCUUCCCCCCCAGAUUUUUCUCAGCGAUGCAUGGUUUCAUUAUUUUCCCAGUCUGGGUUCUAUUUUAUCACUUCUGUACAUGGUUUUUUGAAAUUGCAAAUUUUAUCUAUUGGGAUUGAAAAGUCUGAUAUGAUUAAUAUCAGGGUAAAAAUUUAGAGCAUCAUGUCCUCACAUAUGUUUGCUUCAUGAGGAG